CCUAACAACCUUGAAUUUCUAAGGACGCCAACAUGGCGGGUGCAGGAGCAAAGCCGUUCAUUGACAAGAAACUUUUGCAAAGAAAAGUUAUCCUCUUCUCUAAAACAUAUUCUCCUGCGUGCAAAUCAGUAAAAGAAAUUUUAGACAGUUAUGGACUGAAGUUUCCAAAGUAUGAAGUGGUGGAAAUAGAAUCUAGACAGGAUUGCAACCAGAUUGAAAAUUAUUUCCAGAUUUUAUGUCUGACAGACAGAAGAGAGGUGCCUCAGCUUUUCCUUGAUGGGAAAUACAUUGGAGGAGAAAAAGAAAUAACAAGAAUGCAUUCUAAUGGAGACCUAGGCAAAAGUUAGUCACAGCUGGAGCCCUGAAGUAAUUCAACUUGUAAAAUAUGGAUAUGGAUAGAUUUAUAGGACUUUGAAAAGUGAUGUUGCUAUUUUUGACACCUGCUUACAGAAAAUAUAUGCUUUAAGUCAAGUUAUGAUAAUUUGUAUUUUUUACCAAUAGCUGAUAUUUUAUUUGCAUUUUCGUAAAAAGUUAAUACAAACAAUUUUCAUUAAGUUUCUACAUGCAUACAAAAAAUCUGGAAAAAAUGGAAAAAAAAACAUAAUAAUUCUCUUUAUAUGAAAUACCAAAUCUAAAAAGCCUUUAAAUGCUUGUUGUAUUUUUUUUAUAGUACUUGUUUUUAUCCAAGUUUGAUUUUUUCGCUCUCUUUUUUUUCACCUGAUUGUAAAUAUUUUUCUUAAAUCAUUUACAGGCAUAUAGGUACGUGCAAAUGACUUUGAUCAGUAUCCAGCUAAGAGUAUAAGAAGCUGCAUCUUAUUUUGAGUUUCAGUUUGAAAUGUGUAUUUAAGGAAGAAGUUUGAAAUUGGCUUCUUCAUUGUUUAGAAAAUGCUUUAAUUUUAUAUUUUUAGAUUUUAUUUAUUUUUUUACAUAUAUAUUUAUGUAUACAAUUUUCCAAGCCAAAUGUUUUUUUUACAUAACAGCAUACUAGUAUAUGCUAAACUAUAUAUUUGAGUUUUCAUAGUCUAUAUCAAUUUUACAAAAUUAUUUCUCUGUCAUUUUGUAUUCACAGUUUAUGCAAUAGAAAAACCUGGAAUAAAGUUUGAUAGUUUCAUAAAAUACUAAACUUUCUGUGAUUUCUUUUAUUUAUGAACACUGACACUAAAUUAAUAGUGUCAUAUUUCAGGGACAAAAACCACUGUUAGGUCCUCUUACCACUGUUAGAUCCUCCUUAUUCAUAAUGAGGGUUUUCAUUUUGCUACAUCCAGCUAUGAAAUACACAUUAUUCGAUCUAUAUGUGUAUGAGGAUGGUAAUAAGGAUCUCUUAGAAUUUUUUUUUAGAUAUCUUUAACCUUUACCCUGCUUAAGUUCUAAAAUGGAUUGGUCCAUUAUUCAAUUUGGGCAGUACCACUUAUUAUUCAAAGGGGUGUUCAGUGUUUACUGAAAAUUUACUGACUGAAUAGCGAAUAGUUGUGCAGGCUGAUCUUGGUCUGCACUGGCCACAAAAGCAGAAUAACUUGCCACUAGCAGGCUCAAGGUUAAAGAUAUAUUAGACCCAAAUUUCGUAUCUGAAACCCUGAACAAUUAGGUGUACGAAACCUAAAAUGAACAUGUUUAUGUGUAUUGAUAGUAUACUUUGCAUUGUACAUUACUGUAUACAUGUAUAGCUAAACACAGUAUCAAAAUGUACUUCUACUGAAAAACUGGAAGUUUUUUUAAACAAUUAACUGUUACUGCCUGUCAUUUAAUUAUGAAUGUAGCUGUAUAUAAACAAUUUAUUUAUAUAUUUUGUAAAGUCAAAUACAUUUGAUGUGGAUUUUCUUCAUGUCAAGUAAACACUUGGUAUCUGGAAAUAAUAUAUAUUAUAGAAAGGGGACCAGUGAAUAUCUUUAAUAAUGUCAAGGUCAAGGUCAAAACAUGGGUAGUUUUCAAAAAAUGAGGCAAGCUUUCUGUACAAAACUGGCCUUAGUUUUUGUGUUUUUCUGUGCUUUAUAAUGUAUAAUAAUGACAAGCCUAACUGAUAGUCACCGGGGAAAAUCUGCACCAGAAAAACUGAACUUUGAUUAUAUAUCAGCCUAGUAGUUCCAAAGAAAACAAGAAAUCCAUGCUGGGAAAAAUGGUUGUCUUUUGUACAACAGAAUUUUCUUCUGCAUAUCAUUCUAUAGCCAAGUAAAGAAAAUAACUGAAAAUGCUUCUCAUAGAUGAAUAUGUAUAAUAAGAGUACAAAAAAAACCCAAAUCUCAUGUUAUCACUGCAUUUUAGGUGUGUUUUUUAUGUUUAACCAAAUUUUGUUGCACUUGGGGACAUUUAACACUUACACUCUUCACAGGUAUUCCAUUCUUAUACUAUAGUUGCUACAAACACAGUUUUACUACAGCUAGAAAGCCAUAUAAUAUCACUUUACUGUAAGAAAAGUAAUUGGUAUGUUACAACAAGUCUUUUUGUCCUAAGUGCUGCACAUUUUUUGCAGUUUAUUCUACAGCCAUCUGCAGAAAUAUACUGCUUAUGCCUGUAAUAUAUGUAUGUCCAUCAUAGAUAUAUAGAGAAACAAUUUGUCCUUUUUUGUUGAUUUUUUUUGUGCAUUUUUGUUGUCAAUCAACAAAAAAAUUGUGUUGCACCUUGGACAGUUUAGCCCUAGUUCUCUUUAAACAUAUUUCAUGCUUGCCAUAAAACAGAUACAGACAGCGAAUGAUAUAAUUUAGAAUGCACUGUAAUGGAUAUUUCAUGAAAUCACUAGAUUUAGUGUUUUUGAACAAAAUACAUUUUGUGAAAAUGUACAGUAAUAUAUAUGUAAAAUGUCA